AUGUAUUCCCAUCGUGGCAUGGGGGCCGUCCCCCCAAGCAACUCUCGUCUCAACGAGCUCCUCGAACAGAUUCGUGCCGAGUUUGAUAGCCAAAUGCGUCAGAGCGAAGGCUUUGAGCAUCAGAUCUCUGCUCAGGUCAGCGAAAUGCAGCUUGUUCGAGAAAAGGUCUACAGCAUGGAGCAGACACAUAUGACUCUGAAGCAAAAGUACGAGGAAGAAAUCGCUAUGCUCCGUCAUCAACUCGAGGCUGCUCGUAAAGGUGGCCCCGCUCCUGGUAUGCCCGGUCCUCCCCAGCACGCCGGCCCUUCUCAGCCGCCAUCCAUCGCUCCCGGAAACGGACUCUUCAAUGGUAUCAUGGCCGGUGGUAACCAGCAAGGUCUAGCUCCUCCCCAGCAGCAUGGCCCUCCUCAAGAGCAGAUGGGCCCUCAGCAUCAGAUGGGCCAAGGCCCUCCCGGACUCCCGCCCGGUCCUCCUCACCCCAACCAACCUCCCUAUCAGCAGGGCUAUCCCCAAGGUCCUCCGGGCCCAAAUGGCAUUGGCCCCCAGCCUCCUCAAGCAACCGCCUCCCCGGGCCCUAGAGGAAGUCGUGGCGUCGGCCGCCCCCCGAACGCCGUUGGCCCUGCUACUCCGCAGAUCAACACCCCGGCGCCGUAUCCUGCCAAUGCUUCCCCGCAAGUUAGCCACCCGACGCCUGACCACCGUCUCGGCCCGCGUCCCCCUCCCGUCGGAAACUCCCUUGGUGACCUCGAGGUUGAUUCUGUUGCCCCUCAUAACAAGAAGACUGGCAACGACUGGUAUGCCAUCUUCAACCCUCAGGUCCAGCGCGUCCUUGACGUCGAUCUGGUCCACUCUCUCACGCACGAGAGUGUCGUCUGCUGCGUGAGAUUUAGCCACGACGGCAAGUACAUUGCCACCGGCUGCAACCGCUCUGCCCAGAUCUUCGAUGUCCAGACCGGCGAGAAGAUCCUCACUCUCGAGGACCACGGUGCUCAGGACAUGACUGCCGAUCUUUACAUUCGCAGCGUCUGCUUCAGCCCUGAUGGUCGCUAUCUUGCCACUGGUGCCGAAGAUAAACUGAUCCGAGUUUGGGACAUUCAGACUCGCACUAUCCGCAACCAUUUCUCGGGCCACGAGCAAGAUAUCUACUCGCUCGAUUUUGCCCGCGAUGGCCGCACAAUUGCAUCCGGCUCCGGCGACAGAACCGUUCGACUCUGGGAUAUUGAAUCCGGCACCAAUACGUUGACUCUUACGAUAGAAGAUGGCGUCACGACUGUUGCCAUCUCCCCAGACACCCAGUAUGUCGCUGCUGGUUCGCUCGACAAGAGCGUCCGCGUCUGGGACAUCCACUCCGGUUUCCUGGUAGAGCGCCUCGAGGGACCAGACGGACACAAGGACAGUGUCUACUCCGUCGCGUUCUCGCCUAACGGAAAGGAUCUCGUCUCUGGGUCCCUGGACAGAACCAUCAAGAUGUGGGAACUCACUGGCCCUCGCGGUGCUCCCAACGCUCAGCCUAAAGGGGGCAAGUGCGUUAAGACCUUUGAGGGCCACCGUGACUUUGUCCUCUCCGUAGCGCUCACGCCUGACGCAAACUGGGUCCUCUCGGGCUCCAAGGACCGUGGCGUGCAGUUCUGGGAUCCCCGCACCGGCACAACGCAGCUCAUGCUCCAGGGCCACAAGAACUCGGUUAUUUCUGUUGCUCCUAGCCCUGCGGGCAGCUACUUCGCCACCGGUUCCGGUGAUAUGAAGGCUCGCAUUUGGUCUUACCGACCUUAUUAG